UCAUUUAAACCUUGAUACCGUUCGUUAUGUAUAUCACGUGAUGAUGAGGUCACUUUUUCCAGGAGGUGGAUAGAUUACAACUUCCGGUUACCACUACGUACUCUGAUUGACAGCCGUGUUUUGAGAAAGGGAAGGGUAGUGUCUAGAAAAGCGUUCAGUCCGUAAUGUCUGUUCCUUCUUUUGUUGGCCGUUGAGAGUUAGAUUAGACACAAAGGGUGAAGUUGCUUGACAUUGUAAAUGCCCUGUUCUUUUGUAUACAAAUCAUUGUAUUGUCUCCAGUCAGAAACACACGAGCUCCAGUAACUGCAUGUCAUGAUGGAGUGACAGACUUUCCUGGAUCUGAAAGGAUCCGUUAUUAAAUCCAUUUUACAUUACAGAGGACACUGAAGAUCAUCGCUAUGGAGGAUUAUAAGUACCUUUUUAAGGUAGUUCUAAUCGGAAAUGCAGGUGUAGGAAAGACAUGUUUGGUGAGACGAUUUACACAGGGUUUAUUCCCACCGGGUCAGGGUGCUACUAUUGGUGUUGAUUUCAUGAUCAAGACAGUAGAGAUUGGUGGUGAAAAGGUUAAGCUUCAGAUUUGGGACACAGCAGGCCAGGAAAGAUUCCGCUCAAUCACACAGAGUUACUAUCACAGCGCAGACGCUCUCGUUCUAGUCUUCGAUGUUACUUCUACAGAGAGCUUCAAUGCAUUACCUAGCUGGCUCAAGGAGGUCGAGCAGUAUGCUAGCCCAAAAGUCAUUUCUGUUUUAGUCGGUAACAAGAUCGACCUUGCUGCAGAUCGUGAGGUCACCAAUGAAGAGGCCGACACAUUUGCCGACACCCACGACAUGCGCCUCCUAGAAACCUCCGCCAAAGAGUCUGACAACGUUGACAAAUUAUUUAUGGACAUUGCCGUUGAACUGACAAACAACGUUCGGAAUUCGGAUAUCAAGAGUACGCUAUUGGAGGAUCCAAUUCGUGACCAUAGCAGCGUGUCGUUCUGUUGCCGAUAGUGAUGACGAUGCUCAAUGCUCAGCAGUGUUGUCAUGGGAUAUGUACAUCAAUGAUUGCGCCUAUACGAGAAAAAACAUCUGAGUGAGUUACUGCAUUUAGCUUACUUAGGGACUUUGUAAGAUAUGUCAACGUUCAUCCGCUGAACUAAAUUAUCCAAAGAAACUUUUUUUUUAACCCUCCUGGUCACUCAAAAUCAUAUACAGUGAUUUUGAAUAACCAACCCCAAAAAAGUGUAAGGAUCAUGUCACACGAGGCAAUUUACAUGCAACCACUUCCAGGCAAUCUCCAUGAAGAAAAGGCAUUCACAUUUGAAUAA